UUCAGAUUUGAAAGAUGAGAAAACUUCAAUAAAUGCGCAAGAUUUAAAAGUACCUACUGAAACUACAACAACUGUUCCAGAUUUGAAGUUAAAUGGUUCGAAUGCUUCUAAUUCAGAUGCGCAAAAUUUGCAAGCUCCUGCAUUCAAUGUUAAAUUAACACCAGGUUCGAAUGAUCCUAUUACACCUGAAGCUUCGAUUGUCGACAUUACUAUUUAUGAAACAAACCUUGAUGCGGGAUCAUAUAUUACCGGCGGAAUAGAUGUGAUAAGCAGCGCAAUGGUACCGUUUGCUAGUUUUUUGCCACUUAUAACGGAGGUAACCCAAGUGUUUAAUGAAAUUAUAAAAAUAUAUCAAUCAGCUGAGCAUAAUAAAAAAAUAUGUGGGAUAUUGUUGGAUAGAGUUCAAAUAGCUGACACUGCCGUAAGGAAUUUGAAAAAUCGUAGAGAUGAAAAUGUAGAUUUUUUUUCGGCAAAUAAUCUUAUCAAUUUACAAAAUUUAGUUUAUGUCGUUGGUAAGAUUCGUAAGCUUGUUGAAGAUAUUUCUAAGUUAACAGGUUUAGCAAAGUAUAUUCAAGCUAAAAACCUUGAAAAAACUGUUCAAGAAUUAAGUAGUGAAUUUGAUUCCACUAUAAAUGUAUUACAAUUUUCUCUGACUGUCGAUUUUACUAUCAACGCUGAUAAAGCAGCUAAAGAUAAUGAAAUUAUUAAGUCUGAUAUCAAAGAGUUUUAUCAGUACCUGGAAGACAUCGGCAGUGGUGUAACUGACGGAAACAAAAUGAUCUCGACUAUACUCAAGCAAUUGUAUGAGCUUAAUAAAACCUUGACGGAACCUAGAUUGUCCGAGAAACAGGCAAAUACUGAAGGAUUUAGAAGUGAAUUAAUCAAAUUUAGUGAUUUCGAAGAAGAAAAUCUUGAAGUGGCUGAUAGAAAUAGUAAUCAAGCAGAAAAAGAUAAUUUUAGAAAACAAGUUACAAUUUUAAAAAAAUUGGAAUCAUGUCGUUGUAUUAUUCAAUUUUUUGGUUUAACUGCAAAUGAUGAUAAGUUUUUCUUGGUAACUGAAUGGGCUGAUAAUGGAAAUUUACGUGAAUUUUAUAAACAACAUGGAAAACUUAAAGUAAAGUUGAAAUUAAGUUUUGCUCUUGACAUUGCUAAAGGCUUGAAUUUCCUGAGCUCAGCUUCGAUCGUUCAUCGUGAUAUUAGAGCCGAGAAUAUCCUAAUCACCGAUCGGAAGUUGGCCAAGAUUUCAAAUUUUAAAUCAAGUCGAGCAAUUACUGAUGGCACAUCAAAUCAAGCUGCUACACUAGAGGCUGUACGAUAUUGCGCACCAGAAAAGUUAGAAAAAGGAAAGACAUAUAAAUAUGACACCAAAUGUGAAGUUUAUAGCUUUGGCAUACUGCUUUGGGAAAUUGCCGAAGAGAAAAUUCCUUAUGAGAAAUAUGGUAAUGAUAUCAUUGUAAUUACUGAGCUCGUUUGCACCAAAAAAUUUCGUGAAUCAUUUUCACUUGGUACUACUUUGCCAAAAGAAUAUCAAGACCUUGCAAAAAAAGGUAUUUAUAUGUCUUAUAUCUGUUUUAUUCAACAAACUUAUUUGGCUUUUAUAUUAACUUCUGCAAACUUACAUUUAUAUCUAGCUGUUGAUCAUGAUCAUAACUUUAGGCCUCAGUUUUCAAAGAUCUUUACCAUUCUACAAGAACUAUAUAAGAAAGAUGUUAGACAUACACCAUCGCAUAGUCCCAAAAUCACACCAACAAACAGUGAAACUCUUGAAAAUGAUAUAAAUUUCUCGGAAAGAUUAAUGUCAGUAGAUGAAGCGGCGAAGCAACAUAAACUUACGAAUGGCGAUCGCGAGUUAGCCUAUAAAUGUUUUGAAGCCAAUGCAAAAUUAAAUGAUAUGAAAGCAAAAUACUUUAAAGCAUAUUAUAUUCAACAAAGUUUGGUUAGACUUGACAUGGACCAACCAACCAAAGACAAAUUAGUAGCAGAUUUAUAUAAAGAAGUAGCGGAUUCAGGUGAUCCCGAAGCUCAAUUACGUUACGGUAAUUGUUUAUUUAAAGGUGUAGGAGUUAAAAAGGAUUUAAAAAAAGCUGCCGAAUAUUUUACCAAAGCCGCCGAAAGUGGCCAAGUUGUUGGUAUGUAUAAUGCUGCAACUUUAUAUUUUUCUGAUAAUUCCGGUUUAAAGAAUGAAGUGUUGGGUGAAAAAUACAUGAGAUUGGCUGCUUAUAAACAGCAUAAACAAGCUAUUGAUUAUUAUAAUAAUAAGGGUUUGCCUUUGGUAAUUUAG